GCCACCCAGCGGCGCGCCAAGCGAGAGCUGGAAGUCUGUGUCAGGGAAAAGGCUUGUGUCAAUUGAAUUGAUUGGUAGAAGAAGGUGAAGAUUAGGAGGAAAAUGAGAACCUCUGGAAGCCUGGGGCGGCUAGUCUUAAAUAUAUGGAAAUCCGUCCCCAACUAUCCUUCCUGUUAGGCCUUGCUAGGUACCUGAUUUCCUCGUGUACUUGGCUUCCUUCUAUUCUGAAUAACCUCUUCUUAUCUUCGUGGGCUCCUUUUGUAUAUAUAUUGAUGCCUUCCUUCCAGAGGGCUGUAUGCGGGGUAAGUGCUGUGUUGCACGGGCCCGUCGGUGAGGGGUCGGUGCCGAGUCCUGACAGUCUGGAGAAAGAGAAUGACUGGCAGCAGCAGCUGCAGCCUACAGGAUUGGCCAUGCGGCGAGAUAUUGCAGCUGUCAACUCGCCUCACGCCGUGUUCCAGCGCUCCCCAACAAGCAGCGGGAUUGGACGCCGACUGGAAGGUCAGGGUCGCAAGGUUGCACCCGCCUGGGGAGUCUUGGGGAGUCCAGGCAAUUCUGCUAGCCCCGUGCAUUGUGCAGCGACAGUGGAAGAAGUGGAAAGCCCGGCAUGGUGGAUGGAAUCUGCAUUUGACUUUCCUCAUCUUUUUUUGUCUGUUCUUGCCUGCCACCUUAUCCACUUUUCUGCCCUUUUCUUCACCUUGGAGAUCACCACCUGCAGGAAGAUACACCUUGCUAUGCCAUAUACCCAAUAGAUUUGGUUCAACUGUCGCCGAGCGCCCAUUGCAUCUUUCAGCCUUUCGAUCAUCCGGACAUAUCAUCUCCAUACAAAUACAGAGAUAGCGAGCGAGGCGUGCUUACACACCAAAACACCCUACCCCGAACGUGGACCAGAGCCAGACGCAAAGGCAUUUCGUUACUAGGUUCCGCCGAGACGGGAUACCCACCGAACAAUUCCACCGAACUAAGAACGGGGCGAGUCCACCUUUCCGUCGCGCCGCGCCUUUUCUCGGCGCAGGCCUCCCGAAGCGAAGAGACCCCAAUCCAUACU